AUGUCGUUCGGUCGACCGGGGAGUGGUUCUAUAUUGCAAGUCAAUCCGCCGGACAGGGGAUCCUUUCCACUGGAUCAUGAUGGCAUGCAUCUUUCUUUGAUACCAUCAAUAGAGAACGCUAACGACUCGAGAAUAGGAGAAUGCAAGGAAAUGAUGAUGGCAUAUCUCAAGUGCCUAAAGGAGAACAAGAGCACGAGCACACCGUGUCGAACCAUGUCGAAAACGUAUUUGGAUUGCCGUAUGAAGCGGGGUCUAAUGCAACAGGAAGAAUGGGAAAAACUAGGACUUGGGUCCGUGUCCAACGCAGAAGCAGCGACGACCGGUGAGGGGAGCGCCUAG